AUGUACGACGGCCAAAGGAAAGAACGUCUGACCUUUCUCAAGGCAGAGAUACAACCUGCCCAUGCUGAUGUUCUACUCUUCGCAUGUUGCCUUUGUUCAGGCCUGGUCGAUAGCACGCUGUAUAACGCGUACAAUACAUUCGUAUCCAUGCAGACUGGUAAUACUAUCUUCGUCGGCUCGUUCAUCUUCGCCCGGUUGAACCGUCUCUUCGGGCCAAAGAAAAGGGGGACGUUGAUUCUCUCAUUCGGUCUACAAGUGGUCAUGCUGAUUCUCACGGCAUGUCUGGUCCAGAGUGGCGUCAUUGCGGGACUUCCGCUACACAAUCUGGCAACCGCAGAGCCAGACUGGACCCAAGAAGUACCCAUCGUACUCCUUAGUAUCCAAUCUGCAGGACAGAUCGUUGCCAGUCGAGCCCUUGGGUAUAACGAAAUCCCGACGGUUGUGAUCACAAGCUUGCUCUGUGACCUGAUGUCUGACCCCAAACUCUUCCUCUUGCGGAACGAGAAGCGGGAUCGCAGGAUUAUUGCUUUUGUUCUCACUCUUGUUGGGGCCAUUGCAGGCGGUUGGAUCACCAAGGGCACAGGAGAUAUCUACGCUGCUCUGUGGAUAGCAGCAGGCAUUAAGCUUGGCAUUGCAAGUGCAUGGCUGUUCUGGAAGGAAGAAUUGGACUUGUCAACUUGA